CGUGAGGAGACUGAGCACAAUGUCCACAGACUCACAGGGAAGGUGAAGGAAUGGGAAUUCACCCGCUGGUACUGUAGGGUCUGGAGGUCAGCAACGUUCCCCGGUGGAACAAUGCGACAGAACUUUCCCGGUGAAAAGUCCCGUCAUGUUUCCUGUUCGUGGGUGAUUGUACUGUAAACAGGAAGGGCUCUUUUUGUGAGUUAAUAUGUACGCUCUGGGUGGAGUCGCUGAAUCCGGAUGACAGCAAAUGCAGAAUGAUUGUAGUCUCACUGUCAAAUUCUUUAUUGCUUCCUGCUUCACUUGAUCACCCUACCCAAGUUCGCACUUUGAUUCGUCGCAAGCCAAAGUGAAAGUACAAGCAAGAGAAACAGACUUGGAUCCCUGCGGGCUAAAGCGCAGUCAACACGCCGGCGCAGAUCACUGAGUUUACACAACAACAAACAUGGGAAGCGAUUUUUCAAAGGUCGGCUGUUUUCACUUCCCAACCAUGGACAAACGGAAUCUGGACACUCUGAGGAACUACUUGCGUAACUACAACCCCCCUGUGGGCUGUGGAGACUGUAUAAACAUCCUGCUCUUCGGCAUGGUGGGGGCUGGGAAAUCAUCCAUCAUCAACACCUUCCUCUCGGCUCUGGAUCCACAAGGAACGACCAUAACCUGUGUCCCGACGGGGAUGAAUCCCCAGUCUCUCACAAAAGAGCUGAUGUCCUACAGAGCAGGAAGUUUAAAGUUUUGGGAUUCAGCUGGAUGGAAUGCUCUGGAGAAUGCUGAUCGGGCAAACACAGUGUUACGGAUGAUCCUGGAAGGAAGAGUUCCCAAAGGAACAAAUUUACACAGUUUCAAUCCUGACUCGGAUUCCAACUAUCCUGUUAUUCCGGAAAAUGUAAUUCAUGGAGUCGCACUCAUAUUUAACAUCGACAUCAUAGGUUGCAUCAGUGACGAUAAAAUGAAAGAGUUUCAGAAGUUCCAGACGGUGGUGGCAGAGAAAUAUAUUCACAGGGUUGUGAUUGGGACCAAGUUUGAAUUAUUAGGGAUACCAGAGAAACACAAUGCAUGGAUUUAUGAAUACAAGUCACUGCAGCAGAAGUUUGAGAAUUUGGCAGCAUUUACUGGGAUGGAAAGGCGUUCCAUUUUUGUGGUUUCGAAUCAGUGGAGAGGUGGUCAGAUCGAGAUGAUAAAAUGCAUCCUGGCCCUGUAUGUUCUGGAUAAUAUGGUCAGAAACAUUGACCGACUUCUCAAAGCAGUGAAAUGAUCACAGCUGACCUUGUCCAGUGCUGUGAAUCCGAUCCAGUUUCAGGAGCACGGACACCACUGUGGGAUUGAUGUUUUUAUUGUUUUCCCUGCAGUUUUAGCAUUCUUUAUGCUUGUAUGUAUACUUGUACAAUCACCUGUUUGUAGACUUUAAGUAUCUUGAUGUAUAAUUGGUUCUAUUCUUCUUUAGUUUCUUUCCCUGCAAAGCUGAAGGGUGAAUUGGUUUCUCAAAUAAACUGGCCUAGACCACUUGGUAGGAUAAUGGCAAACCACGUGCUCAUGGUCCU